CAGCGCGCCCUGCCGCGCCGCGGCGGCCGCCCAUUUCUGACCGGGUUGGGGGUGAAGGGCUGGAGCCGGUCGAGGGGGGAAAGAUGGCGGCGAGGUUGAGCGGCGGCGAGAACCGGCUGGUGUCGCUGCCCCUGUCGCGUAUCCGCGUGAUCAUGAAGAGCUCGCCGGAGGUCUCCAGCAUCAACCAGGACGCGCUGUUCCUCACCGCCAAAGCCACGGAGCUUUUUGUUCAGUAUUUGGCUACAUACUCCUACAAACAUGGCAGAGGCAAGGAGAAGAACGCUUUAACUUACAGUGACCUGUCUCAUACUGCAGAAGAGUGUGAGACCUUUCAGUUCCUUGCAGAUAUCUUGCCAAAGAAGAUCUUAGCUAGCAAAUACCUAAAGAUGCUUGAAAAAGAGAAGCGAGAUGGAGAAGUGGGGGAAGAUGAUGAAGAGGAUGAGGAGGAAGAGGAUGAAGAAAAAGCUGUUGAUGAAGAUGUUGGAUCUUAAGGCCAAUGGAGAAUUGCUUCAUAGUUGAUCCAUUUUCUGUUGUAUAAAGGAUGUUAUUUUUGUGACUGAGAAUCCAGAUGCUGGAUAUAUUUAUAUACUGAGCCAUCUGCUUUUGCUUUGUUUAAGAAGUUUAGAAAUUGAACUUUAUACUUGUUGAAGAAUGGAAUUCUUCCCUCAGAAACAUGGUGGGGUAGGAAGAGCUAAUGUAAAUCUGACAGCAGAACUUGCUCAGAUGAUUUAAAAUGACUUCAUCAGACAAUCAUGAUACAAACUUAAAAUUUCUUAUGGGCAGCUUUCAGUCGAAAAGCUCUUUCACCCUCUGACUAGAAGGGAGUCCUUCCCAAGUUUGUGUUUCUCCUCAGAGUGGAAGAGGAGGUGAGGGGAGGUGUUUUACACAGUGUGUACUAUCCUCAGCCUUCUGCCCCUUGGGGAGCCAAUAACUGAUCAAACCCUCCCUUGGUUUUCUGGAACAGUGCCAGGGCAUUAGCAGUGGACCAAGCCCAUUAAAAAAGUCUUCUGUAAAAACAGCGAUUUCUGUAAUGCAGCCUAAAUAGCCGUGUCGGCACAGAAACAGGGUAGAGGAUGUGAUCCAUUCCAAGAGCUAAUGUGGUUCUGCGGCUGUGGUGGUAAAAAGUACAUGUGUUAGAUAACGAUGUAAAUAUGUACAUCUAGAACCUUUUUCUCUAAUGAACUCUACUUUUGCAGUUUGUCCAUGGUGUUCUACAAAAAUGCAUACUGAAGUCUCUUAGAUGUGGAUUGUUGAGAACGAGCAAUCCUUUUACUGUUUGAGUGACAGGGCUGGAUUUUUCAUUUGGUUUUGUUUUGGGUUGUUUGGUUUUUUUUUACUAUAGAAAUGGUAACCGUCCUGUGUAGAACUUUAUAUGCAACUUUUUAAAAUAAAUGUUUUAUAUAAAAAGUGACAACUGA